AUGGGUGAUUUCUAUAGUCAGCCACGGCUAUCAACUAGAAUUUACAAGCACCCCUCCGUCGAAAUAUGUGUUCGCGAAACACUGGUUCCGACAAACGCAGACAAACGAUUAGCUCUCGAACAAGAGAUAUCAUCCCUUAUUGAGAAGAGAGCGGUCCGCUUGGUGCCACCAGUGGAGCAGUUCACAGGCUUCCUGCCCUCCUUCUUUCUAACACCAAAGAAGGCGGCUGGCGAAUGGCGGCUGAUAAUCAAUCUAAAACCGCUCAACAAAUUUGUCAAGACCCAAGCGUUUCCGAAUGGUAACUCUCCCAGUAGUUCUAGAGUCGUUCCCCACACCAGCGUGGGGAACGUCAUUAGACCUAAAAGAUGCAUACCUACAUGUUCCCAUCUUCCAAGAUCACUCCCGAUUUCUACGUUUCUUGUAUCAGAGUGUUUCUUGCCAAGAGUGUUUACCAGGGUUGUGCGGGCAGUUGCAUCACGUCUUCGGCGAGAGAACUUAAUGAUUUUUAUGUAUCUCGACGACUGCCUGAUAGUGGGAAAAUCGAAAGACGAGACUGCUCAGGAUUUGAGGGACACUUAUACGUUGACAACGAGGCUAGGCUUCAUCAUCAACGAGAAGAGGUCCCAACUAAUCCCAUCCCAGGAAAUCACUUUCCUGGAAGCAGAGAUCGAUCUACGCAGGGGCUUAGCCGUCCCCACAGGGGAUCGUAUUACCAGCCUGCAGGAGUGCGUCAAACUUUUCCUAUCCGCUCAAGUCACUCCAGCGCAAGUUCGGCUGAAACUUCUAGGGUUCACGGCCAGCUUAGUGGACCUGGUCCCCUGGUGCAGACUGAGGAUGCGUCCUUUGCAAAUGCACCUUCUGGCACAUUACAGACCCCAGACAGACCCAAUCUCUCUAUUGGUCUCGAUCGACGAAGUCAUUCGUCCACACCUUCGGUGGUGGCUAUUGGAACAGAACUGCGGACAGAGUUUCCCCAGAGGGGAUCCUCAUGUCAUAAUCUCCACCGACGCUUCCAACGAGGGCUGGGGAGUCUCCCUUCCCCCUCGACAAGCUGCAGGAACUUGGGACAACAACGUUCGGUCCCUACUUAUCAAUGUUCUAGAGCUUCAGGCCGUAGUCAACGCCUUACACCACUUCCAAGCAGAUGUAGUGGGCCGGUCUGUUCUAAUCAAGACCGACAACACGACAAUGGUAGUAUAUAUCAACAAACAGGGCGGUACAAGAUCACCCCAGCUGUGCUACUUGACUUGGGAAAUGUUUCAGUGGCUAAUCAGACACAAAGCCGAUCUACGUGCCAUUCACAUUCCUGGUGCGGAAAAUGACAUAGCGGACUCUCUCUCCAGGGGCAAAGUAAUUCACACGGAGUGUUCAUUGAACAAGAGGAUCGUAAGUCAGAUCUUCUCGAUCCUAGGUCGUCCACACAUAGACCUGUUCGCCUCAGCAAUCAACACUCAGCUCCCGGUGUUCUGCUCGAGAUCCCAUCAUCCUCAGGCAUGGGCCUCGGACGCACAUUCAAUAGACUGGACAAACAUGUUCGCUUACGCCUUCCCUCUGAUCUCAAUCCUUACAAUGGUCAUUGGGAAACUGGAGAGAGACAGGUGCAAGAUCCUACUGAUCGCCCCCUUCUGGCCGCGCCAGCCCUGGGUUCUGCGACUGGUGAGGCUCCUAGUGGGCUCCCCUCUAUCUAAUCCUCCCAGAUCAUCACGACCUACUCCUUCAACGUCAGUCCCUGUUCCGACACCCGGCUCCGUUAGAUCUCCACCUAGCGUGCUGGCCACUGUCAAGCGCGCUUACCGAUCAGUAGGUCUUUCUGAAGACGCUGCAGCCCUGGCCGCAAAGGGACGUCGUCUCUCAACACAACGAAUCUAUGACAGUCGACUACGACAUUAUAGACUGUGGAUCCACUCUGUGCUUCUUUAA